AUGGCCCAGGUCUCGGAAGUUGGCUCACAGCGAUCUCUAUAUGUGAAUGGGUUUGAACUAAAUCAAUUGAAGAAAUUUCCAUCAAAUUAUGUCAGCACGACGAAAUACAACAUAAUUACAUUUCUACCACUAAGUCUUUUAGAGCAGUUUAAGAGGCUUCCAAAUGUAAAAUAAAAUGUAAUGAUUAAGAAUAAUAUUAUUUAAUAAACAAAUAAGGCAAUUUAUAUAGAAUUUGAUAUAUACUUUCUAAUAAUUGCAGUGCUACAGUCCAUUCCUCAGAUCUCUGCAUUAACUUCUUAUACUGCAAUUGCACCAAUCUGCUUUGUUUUGGCAGUAUCUAUUAUCCGUGAUGGUUUUGAAGACUAUUUAAGAUAUAAGGCAGAUAAAGAAACGAAUUCUACUGAGACCGGAAUUUAUUGUAAUGGAAAAUUUGAGAAAAAGCCUUUUAAAGACAUUGAAGUAGGCAACAUUAUUUGUAUAGAAAAGGACGAAGCUUUUCCUUGUGAUGUAGUUAUGCUUUCGAAUUCCUCAAUCCCUCUUUUAAAGUGGAACAAAAAUUCAUUUUUUGGAUGCUAAAAUAGGGACAAAAUUUUAUCUAUGUUAGAUAAAAAUUAUAGUUUCUAGAGAAUAGCUUUUAUGCCCAAUUUAACGUCACAAACACCCAAAUUUGCUAUAAUCUUGCACAAUUUUAAAAGGGAGAAAUGAGCUAGAAUUUAAAAAUUAUUUUUUCGAAAUUUUAAUAAAACUUUAAAAAAAUAACUGCUUUAUAUUAGAAUUGAUUUUUUUCCCAGGGAGUCAGAAAAUGGGAUUGCUUAUAUAAACCCCUUAACAAUAAAUUAAAUAUUUACAUUUUGUAAGUUGACUAUAUAGAAAUCUUCCUAAAAAAGCAUAGAAACUUCAAGCCUUGAUGGCGAAAAAGCUUUGAAGCCAAGACUUGCCUUACCUAUUACUAUGAAUACAAUAAAAAAAGAUGAAUUUAUUCGAAUGUUUUCUCUAAUUGAAUGUGACCAUCCUAAUGCUAAAAUCUAUGAAUUCAAAGGUACAAUAGAAUUCAACAAUCAAAAACACUCAAUUACAAAGGACAAUUUGCUACUUGCAGGAGCAUUUUUAAGGAAUACCAAAUGGGCAAUUGGAGUAGCGGUCUAUACAGGGACCGAAACGAAGCUGAGGAUGAAUCUGAUGAAAAGAAGGUAUAAACAAAGCCAGAUCGAAAAAAUUGUAAAUAUACUUAACUUUUUAAGAGAAAUUUAUGCUAUUAAUAAAGCUAAAUCUCAUUUUUAUAGAAAUAAUGCAGCAGCUAUAUAAAAUGCAUAAAUUAAAUCAUAUAAGCACAAUAUAAAUAUAUUAUUGGGAUUUUAGCUAUACAAUUUUCAUUGUGCUUUAUACAUGCUAUUUUAUCAGGAGUUUGGGCUAGCAAGUAUGGAGAUGAUAGCCAUUAUUUAGAUGGAAAUACUUAUAGUCCAGGACUUCAAGGAUUUUUGACUUACUUUACGUACUUUUUACUGUUAAAUACAAUGCUGCCAAUCUCUCUUAUAGUUUCUUUAGAAAUUUUGAAAUUAAUGCAAGGCUAUUUUAUGCAGCAAGACCUUUCAAUGUAUAGCACUAUAAGAGAUAGGCCCUGCAAGGUAUCAGCAUUUAGUCUAAAUGAAGAAUUGGGGAUGAUCCAGCACAUUUUUUCAGACAAAACUGGCACUCUUACUCGUAACCGUAUGGAAUUCAAAUUCUGCACAGUCGGCAAUAAAAUGUAUGGCGAGCGAAAAUUUUUGCUCAGCCGACAUUUUACAUCAGUGGUCUCCAAAGUGGCAGGUAUUUUAGCUGAUGAAUUUCCCCUACAGGGUAUCGAUAUUUUUAACUUGAUGUAAAAAUAAUGGCUUUAUGAAGCAUAAAAUCCAGAAAAAUGUCUACUAGGGAAAUAAACCUAAAAUAAAUAUGGAGCCAUCUCCAAAGCUACCAAAGCUUUAAUUUUUACCUUUAACACUAAAGAUAUAGAAAAUGAUUUAUUUACUAGAGAAGAAAGCAUCCCAUUGGUGCAUCCUAUAACCUAUGAUAAUGGUGAUGGAAAAGAAAUGGUUUCUACCCAGCAGGAACUGCUUGAUUUAUUUAUCAAGUGCAUGGCUCUAUGCCAUGAAUGCUUAAUUGAAGAAAAGGAUAACGAAAUUAAUUAUAUUGGACAAAGCCCAGAUGAAAUCGUCCUAGUGGAUUGUGCCCAUAAUAUUGGCUACACCUAUGCAAAAGUCAAAGCAAGUAUUAUUAAUCUACACAAGACGCCAUUUGGGAUAAAUGACCAAAUUGAAGUCUUACAGUUUGACAAAACUUGCACCCUAGAAUUUAGUUCUAGUCGUCAAAGAAGUUCAGUCCUCGUGACUGACUUAAAGACAGGCAAACAUAUUUUGUUUACCAAAGGUGCUGACACUCGAAUAAUCCCAAUGCUUUCCCCAGAAAAUUCCAAAGAAUAUUUAUCCAUUUUUCCUUAAAUUUUCUUUUAACAUUUCCUUUUAUAUCUAUCAAUAAAAUUAAUUCAUCCUAGUAUAGAAAAAAUUAAUAAGGAUUUAUUAAUGUUUUCAGAGCGAGGCUACCGUACCUUGGUUUUUACCUUUAAAUAUAUUGAUGAUGAAUAUUUUGAAAACUGGAAAUCAAGGUAUGAUAAAGCAUGCACUUUAAUUGAAGGGAGAGAAGCAAAAGUUGAAGAAUUGUCAGAAGAAAUUGAAAAAGGCUUAUUUUUGUUAGGAUGCACAGCUGUAGAAGAUGCGCUACAAGAUGAAGUCCCAGCGACAAUUCAGGAUUUAUUGAGAGCUGGGAUCAAUAUUUGGAUGCUCACUGGAGAUAAACUGGAAACUGCAGAAAAUAUAGGGAAAACUGCGUCGUUAAUUGAUGAAAAUAUGGAAGUGGGGAGAUGCCCAAAGAUGGAGCUAAAAAAAUGCUAUAGAAAUUUAAAAAAAAUUAAUAAAAAGUUCCUCAGUGUUAAAGGACAAAAAGAAACUGCCCUUGUGAUAGAAGGAAACUGCUUGGAUUUUGUUCUGUAUAAUCCUAAUGAUCCUAUAGUAAAAAAAGGCUCAGAAUAUGACGAUCUCGAGAAAGUAGCCAAAAUAAGAAUGGGUCUUAAUUUCUCAGAUUUUUAAAAUAUGUUUUUUAUUAAAUUUUUUCUUCAAAAUUAUAAUGAUAAGGUUAUUUUGCAAAAAUAGAAAUAAUAAAAGCCAAAAUAAGACAGCUUUUCUUAGAAAUAUCAUUGGGUUGUAAAACUGUCAUUUGCUGCAGAGUGACUCCAGGACAAAAGCAGAGUAUUGUUAAAUUGAUGAAACAGCAUACAGGGUCAGUCACAUUAUCAGUUGGAGAUGGCGCGAAUGACGUUUCUAUGAUUUUAGAAGCCCAUAUUGGUGUAGGAAUAUAUGGAGAAGAAGGGAUGCAAGCUGUACAGGCAAGUGAUUAUGCAAUAGGGGAAUUUAGAUAUCUGUGGGAACUUCUGCUGGUGCAUGGCAGAUUUAAUUAUAUUAGACAGAGUCAGAUGAUCAUGUAAGCUAAUCUUUAUUGAAAUAUAGAUAACUUUUACCUUAAAUAGCCUAAUUUCUAUUGAUAUAUAAGCUCUGCCUCAAUUCCUGACACAACAAAUGAUCUAUCCAGAAUAUUUUUUUCUAUAAAAAUCUUAUAUUUACCAUCCCUCAAUUUUACUAUGGAUUUUAUUGUGCUUAUAGUGGAGAAACCCUUUAUGACGACUGAUAUUUAACUUUUUACAAUAUGGUAUUUACCGCUUUACCAUUAAUCGCAAGAGCUCUAUUUGAAAUAGACAUAAAAAUCCCUAAAAGAUAUGAAGUAGGUGCUACUUUAGCAAGCGGAAAAGAUACUCUACGCAAAUUAAUCCCAAUAACUUAUGAUGUAGGGCGUCUAAACCAGAUUUUUACAGCUAAAAAAUUCUGGGGUUGGCUUGCUAAUGGCUUUUUGCACUCUGUAAUAAUAUUUUUUAUCCCUCUCUACGCAUCAGAAGAAGGCAUAAUGACUUCUAAAGGCUAUAAUUAUGACCACUGGACCUUUGCAAUAACUUCUUUUUCUUCUAUUAUUUUGAUUGUCAAUUUUAAGCUUGGAAUAAACACUAAUUAUUGGAAUCUUUGGCAUUUUCUUGCAAUGGGGAUAACCAGCAUACUAGCUUAUAUUGUUUUUAUUGUGAUUUAUGACCCUUUUACGAGUACUCCGUCUAAUAUGACACUUUACCAGCUUUUUGCCACGCAAUACUUCUAUAUUACAAUUAUUACAACUACUUUAUUUGUAGUAUCGCUGGAUGGGGCAUGACAGUGGGGAAGAAGGUUGCUAUUCCCGACGCUGUCUGAAAAAGUUAUGGAUUAUUCUCGUAAGAUAGUUUAUAAAAAUGAGAAAAGAUCAGAUGAUGAUUUUUAA